UCUCAAGGGGGUGAUAAGUAACUUCACAAAAGAAUACAACUUAAAACACACCAACAUUCUCAAACAUCAUCACAACAAGAUAAGAUAAAAUCAUCAACCAUCAAUGGCUUCUCCAGCAGUAACUCUGUCAUGGAACUCAUCUUCUUGGCUCAACAACCGCACUUUAACAAGAACCACCAACGAAGGCACCACCAAGAUUUCCGAUAAAUCUUCAACCUUUCUGGUUUUGGCUCAAAAGAAAGCCAAGAAAACACGAAAGAUUAUUUUGAUUGAGGAUGUUACUGAUGUGGGGAAGAAAGGGCAACUUUUGGAUGUUAAAGCUGGGUUUUAUAGGAACUUUUUGCAUCCUACUGGAAAAGCUCGGAUUGUUACUCCAGUUCUUCUCAAGGAAAUGAAAGUUGAAGAAGAGAGAAUUGAGGCUGAAAAGAAACGGGUAAAAGAAGAGGCUCUACAACUUGCUCGGAUUUUCGAAACUGUUGGAGCUUUUAAGGUGAAGCGUAAGGGCGGGAAAGGAAAACUGAUUUUUGGAAGUGUUACCGCUCAAGAUCUUGUUGAUAUAAUUAAGGCACAACUUCAACGGGACAUCGACAAAAGAAUUGUUUCGUUACCCGAGAUCCGAGAAACAGGGGAGUAUAUAGCUGAAUUAAAGCUUCAUCCUGACGUUACUGCUCAAGUAAGGCUGAAUGUAUUUGCUAACUAAAAAAUCGACUUCUUUGAAGAGGAUUCAUGUCAAGGAUGGAAACCGUGAAAGUAGUAAUAGAAUCGGCCAAGUUCGAGAUCUAAUCUUUAUUUCUUUUUGUGUUUUGUGGUCACAAUACAACACUGGUAUGUACACAUCCUUGUUUGUUAUUAUUUUUUGUUAAAUAGUUCAUUAUGGUGAAAUUUCAAGAAACACUUAUCUAUGA